UCUUCUCUCUAGGGUUUAUGCCGGCCAAGGUUUAGGGUUUAAGGCGGAGGAGGGAUCUCCGGCGCUCGCGAGCGGUCGCGAUGGCAUUCUUGUCGCGGCUGGGCAGCGGUCUGAUGAGAAAUGCCCUCAAGCCCAAGCGAAUCGCGGCUGGCACGGCCUUGCCGGCGACUUACGUUCUCAGCCGGGGAUUCGCUUCCAAGCUCUUCGUCGGAGGCCUUUCAUGGAACACCACCGACGAUACUUUGGGGCAGUCAUUCGCUGGCUAUGGAGAGAUCGUGGAAGUGAGGGUGAUUAGCGAUCGCGAGACGGGACGAUCCAGGGGCUUUGGAUUCGUCACAUUCAUCAACGAUGCGGACGCACAAAAGGCGCUCGAAGGCAUGGACGGGAAGAUGCUAGAUGGCCGGACUGUCCGCGUGAACUACGCGACGCAAAGACAGCCUAGCGCGUUUGGAGGCGGUGGCUUUGGUGACGGAGGUGGCGGCGGCGGCGCCUAUGGUGGCGGAGGCUUUGCGACUGGCGGUGGUGCUUACGGCGGUGGAGGAGGCGCUUACGGAGGUGGCGGCGGUGGUUACAGUGGCGGUGGCGGUGGUGGCUACAGUGGUGGCGGUGGUGGUGACUUUAACAACAACAAUUCUUUCGGCACAGGAGGAGACGCCUAUGGCAACACCACCGCUGAGGAGCAAAGACCACCCCCCACUGGCGCUGGCUUCGGAGUUUCUACCGGCGGCUAUGGUGGAAGCCAUGCUGAUCCGGUCGGAACUGGAACAGGAAACGCCACCGGUGGUGGUUUCGGUGCUGAUGCUUCUUCUGGAGGUGGCUACGGUGCAUCGUCUGGCACCACCACUGGAGGCUAUGGUUCAGGGUAUGGUGCUACCACAGGAGGCUAUGGUGCUGGAAGCUCCGGUAGUGACGGCGGUGCUGGCUUUGGAGCGAGUAAUACAGCAGGGGGCUCGGGUGGCUAUGGUGUGAACUCUGGCGGAUAUGGAGCAGCAACAGGAAACACUGGAGGAUUUGGAGCUACAGGCGGAAGCUCUGGAGGAUAUGGUUCCACAGGAGGCUCCGGUGGCUUUGGAGUUACAGGCGGAAGCUCUGGAGGAUAUGGAGCUACCACAGGAGGCUCCGGAGGAUUUGGAGUUACAGGUGGAAGCUCUGGAGGAUAUGGAGCUACCACAGGAGGCUCCGGAGGAUUUGGAGUUACAGGUGGAAGCUCUGGAGGAUAUGGAGCUACGACAGGGGGCUCCGGAGGCUUUGGAGCUACAAGCGGAAGCUCUGGAGGAUAUGGAGCUACCACAGGAGGAUACGGAGCUGGAGGCUCUGGACUAUAUGGAGCUACAACUGGAGGCUCGGAUACAACCGGGAGCACUGGAGGAGGAUAUGGAGUUUCAACCGGAGGCUCGAGCCCAGGAAGCUCUGAUGGAUCUCUUGUCAGUCCAGGAAGCAGUGGCGGAUAUGGUGUGAGUUCUGGAUCAACCAGCGGAGGCUAUGGCGUUUCGGGUCCUGGUGGAAGCGCGGGUGGCGGAUAUGGCGUCUCGACUCCUGGUGGAAGCUCGGGUGGCGGAUAUGGCGUGACUACUCCUGGUGGAAGUUCGAGUGGCGGAUAUGGAGUGACUACUGCUGGUGGAAGCGCCGGUGGCGGAUAUGGUGUUACUACUCCGAGUGGUGGCUAUGGCGUUAGUUCUUCGGCUGGAAGCUCCGGAAGCUCGGGUGGUAGCACUCCGGAUGGAAGCUCUGGUGGAUAUGGUGUUGGCGGUGGCUAUGGCGUCGGGAACUCUAGUGGUGGCGGUGUCACUGCUCCCAGCACUGGCGGUUAUGUGGUCACAACUGGAGACAACUCAAGCUCAAGUGGGUCUGGCGUGGCCGCAAGUGGGGACAGCUCCGAGGCCCCGGAACUGGGAUAUGGCGUCGGUAGUGGGUAGUAUAAGUAGUAAGGGGAAACAGUAGAAAUGGGGCCUACGCGAUAUUUAUAGUGGCUUAUGAGAUAUUUCCACGUG